CUUGUUUCCCUGCAGUGAGUUGGUAGUAAUUUAUUCCAAGGUGAACAUCUCGAUCAAGGGUGUAUUUUCAUAUCAAAUAGUUUCAUCCGUUUAUUACCUGUCUAAAAAGUAAGGUAGCUGGUGGUGGAUCUGUAUUUUUGUAUUUCCUAGGCUGACUAAGUUGUCUCAAACGGUUUUCGUAAAGGAACCUGUUGUGAUCAACUGUUAGGUGAGGGGCAGAAGAGCUGCUCCUCAUCGGAGUUUCCGUUUAGCACUACCGUGUUAAGGCGAAUCAGUGAACAUCUUACGUACACUCACAUAGAAUUACGUAAGGUAGACCAGUGCCCCGCGAUUGAAGGGAUGAACCUUUGUACGUACCUACUAUGACGGGAUAAAAACUGACCCCUCAAAACUACAGGCGGUAACGGACGGCACAAAUAGUCUAACGCGUUACAAAGUCAAUUAACGCGUCCCUUAGUCCUUGGCAUUAUAACCUUUUUGUCUUUGCCAGUAAACUCUAUUCACUAUCAGCAAUUACGGAUGAAUAAUUUCGGCGACCCUACCAACAUCACAAAAGCAUAACACGAAAUUUUGCGAAAAUGGCUCUAAUAGUUGACAAACACCGACCGCGUUCUCUCGAUUCACUUACCUACCAUUCUGAGCUGUCCGAGAGGCUUCGAUCCUUAGCGCAAAGCGGCGAUUUUCCUCAUCUAUUAGUAUACGGCCCCUCCGGUGCGGGCAAGAAAACUCGUAUCGUCGCAACCCUCAAAGAACUUUACGGCCCCGGUGUCGAGAAGAUCAAAAUCGAUGCUCGAGUUUUCCAAACGACUAGUAGUCGCAAAUUGGAAUUCAACAUCGUAGCCUCCGUCUACCAUCUCGAGAUUACACCGUCCGAUGUUGGAAACUAUGAUCGAGUCGUCGUACAAGAUCUACUGAAAGAAGUCGCCCAGACCCAACAAGUGGACCAAUCAGCCAAACAAAAGUUCAAGGUUGUCGUUAUCAAUGAAGCAGACCAUCUAACACGAGAUGCCCAGGCAGCUUUGAGAAGAACUAUGGAGAAAUAUAGUCCAAACCUUCGAUUAAUACUCUUGGCCAACAGCACAGCCAACAUCAUCGCCCCUAUUCGAAGUCGAACGCUCCUCGUAAGGGUGGCUGCGCCAACAGUCGACGAGAUUGCAAACGUACUUGCAGAUUCUGCCAAGAAAGAAGGUUGGCCUGUUGUUAAGGGACUGCAUAAGAGAAUUGCUGAAGAGAGUGGACGGAAUCUAAGAAGGGCGUUAUUGAUGUACGAGGCAGUACAUGCUCAGAAUGAGAAAGUUACUGACGACACGCCUAUUCCGCCCCCUGAUUGGGAAGCAUUGAUCGCACAAAUUGCCAAGGAGAUUAUGGAAGAACACUCACCAGCACGCAUCUUGCAAGUUCGAUCGAAACUAUACGAUCUGCUUACACAUUGCAUUCCUCCCACCACGAUACUCAAAAUCCUUACAUUCAAACUUAUCCCGAUGAUCGAUGACGACUUGAAAUACGAAGUCAUCAAAUGGUCCGCUUUCUACGAACACCGAAUAAGAACAGGAACCAAGGUCAUCUUCCAUCUAGAGGCUUUCGUUGCCAAGUUCAUGCGUAUAAUCGAGAUGUAUUUGAUGAGCAUGGACAUGUGAAUGGAUUGAGUUGUCGACUGUCGACGGAAUGAAUAAUGUAUAUCAACAUAGAGCUUAUGGAGUAACGGAUGUUUUAUAGCUACAUGGUCGGAGGCCUACUGUAGCUCACUUCGCAGAUACUAAUGAUAUCCGAAUUGGCAACUUAU